CAAAGAUUACUCAUACCAUACUUAUCAACAAAAACAUGUGAAUAAUAGAAUUUAUUUUAUAUUUUAAAAUAUAAUGGUUUGUCUAAAUGCAUAAAAAAUUACUGAACGCAUGAUAAUUUAAUUCCAGAUGUCAAUAAUUUCGUAAACGUCAUUGUCAGCUGUUUCAUGUUUGCUAAAAUCUUGUUUAGGCAAAAGUAAUAACAAAAAUAUUUCAGAUUAAUAAAUAAAUGUUCUGAAUAAUUGUAUGGACGUAGUAUGUUAACGCUCCAGUGAUGGAUCAACCUCUGUCGUUAAAGUUGGCAUCAUUAUGCCUUAUUUCACAACACAAACUCCAAUGUAUACUGUCUUCUUGCGGCAGUAAAUUAGAUUUAAUUAUUGACCCAAUUCUCAUUAAACCUUUAGAAAGAAUAUGUGGAGUGAGUUGGUUAAGGCAGCAUGGUGUUGAUAAAAUUUACAAGAUGGAACCACAAUUGGGUAACACAGCUAACACGAAUCGCGCAUAUCUCAUACCAGCUUGCCUUCAAAAAUACAAAUGUGUUCUUGACCAAAUCUCUUCAGUACUCAGCCAAAAUCCUUCACUAACUGAUGCCAAAUGUUUCAAUGUUAUUAUUGUGCCCAAAACAAUGUCUACUUACGAUUCUAUACUUGAAAGUAAAGGCCUGUACGACAUUGUAAAAUUACACUCAUUUUCUUGGGAAUUAUUUAGUUUAGACGAACAAUUACUAAGUUUGGAAUUACCAUUUCUCUAUAGACAGAUGUUUGUCGAGCAAAAUCAGUCUUUAUUGAGCAGUAUCUCUAUGUGUUUAUGGAGUUUAUUCCAUGUUACUGGCCAGCCGAAAUGUAUAUUAUCGCUUGGCAAAUUAUCAUCCAGUGUUCUUGAUAUAUUGGAGGUGUAUAAGGAAAGCUAUGAAAGAGAUUUUGUGAAUAUGGAAAAUUCCCAAGAAAUAGGUGCUUUAAUUAUCAUGGACAGAGACCAAGAUUAUGCCUCUAGCCUACUUACUCCUGCUACCUACAGUGGUCUAUUGAAUGAAAUCUUCAGCAUAAACUGUGGUCACUUAGACCUUAAUGUCAAAGAAACAAAAUUGAAAAAGGGCAAGAUGAAUUUCACAUCUAGUGAGGAUAAAUCAGCAAAAAACACAGUGAUGACGUUAGAUAGUUCUAUAGACAACUUAUACGGUGAAAUUAAACACAGGCAUUUCUCUGAAGUUUUAAGUGUGUUAAGUUCAAAGGCAAAACUGUUGAAGAAUGAAGACAUAAAAGCUCUCGGUAUUCAAGAAAUGAAAGACUUUGUUGCGACAAAACUACAGCAAGUGACUCUUUUUAAACAGAAUUUAGUUAACCAUGUGUUGGCUUGUGAGACAAUUAUUGCGGAAAUGAACAAUAGGUUUGAGAAUUUGACUCAAGCUGAGUGUGAAAUGUUAAAUAAUAGAAAUAAAAAAUCUAACUUCGCAUUUGUUGAUGAACAGUUUGGUACAGACAUUCAUAUGUAUAACAGCUUGCGUCUCAUGUGUUUAUUAAGUUUAACUCAGGGUUUAUCUUAUGAUGAAUAUAAUUCCUUAGUUAGCAAAUAUUUACUCGCUUUCGGGUAUAAGUUUUUGUAUGUGUUUAAUAAUUUGAUUAGUGCUGGUUUGUUAGUGCAACCAUCUAGUCCGAAAUUAUCGUUAAAUAUUAGUAACUUAAGCAAUCUCAGUGAACGAUUACCGAAAUGGCAGACUGGCUUUCAGAAUAUUGCUAAUAAAUUAAAACAGUUGCCACAAACUGAAGCUGGUACAUCUCCUGGUUAUGUAUUUAAUGGGAGCUAUAUACCAUUAGUCGCUACUCUCUGUAAUGCUUUAUUAAGCUCUGAAUCUCUUUCCGAAGUAUUGAAUAAGCUAUCAGCUUUAAACGACUUAAAAGUAGGUGGCGCUGUUGUAGACAAGUUAAAAACUGGUAUGGAAACAUUGAAUGAAAAGUUGUCGAACCUAUCCAUGCAAAGUAAUAUAGAUCUUGGUAGUAAGGACGCAAAGUCGAUUUUGAAAGUGUUGAAAAGUGAUAGUAAAAUGAAUAGUGGGUUAUCUAUAAAGCCUCGGACGGUUUUAGUGUUUAUUAUUGGUGGAGUGACCUAUGCAGAAAUAGCUGCAUGUGAUGUUGUGCAGGCGGCGACGGGGAGUAAGAUAUUUAUUGCUGGAGAUUGUAUAGCUAGCGGCAGUGAUAUUAUGGCCGCUAAUAUCUGAAGAAAUUAACUUCAAGAUUAAUUUGUAAUGUGUAUAAUAUGUUAGUGACUAUUUUAUUUCCUCACUAUAAUAUUAUGAUCGUAAAUUGUACCAAUAGAAUUGGAUGUACGAAUGUAAAAUCGUUUGCAUCGUUUUUUAUUACCUAUAAUAGAUAGAAAAAAAUUAAAUACUCUGAAUAAAAAAGGAAUUAUGGAAACAUUUUUAGGUAGUCUUAUUACUUGUUAUAAUAUAUUGAGACACCACUGCCUAUAUAUUUAACUAAAGAGGGAAUGCCCUCUUCAUUUGUUGUUGAAUGAUAUUUAUUUCUAUGUAAGUGUAUUAUAUUAACUUUGUAGGUACAUAUAUCUCAAAUUCUAAUGAUUAUGCAUUGCAUUAAGUUUAUAUAUUAUUUAAUUGCUCAUAUACAGUGUAUACAGUUUAUUAUAAGUAUCUCUAUGGCUGUUAAUCUUGAAAUAAAACAAAAAUUCAGU